ACAGCAGCUCCAGACACCAUUCCGUCGGCGUUUAGACCGCGCAGUGUCAACCGUCCGUGUGAUGACGUAUUUCCGGUUUGGGUGAUUCACUACCGGUUCAAAGGUUCUCAACGUGGUCGCUGAUGUUUCCCAGCGUGUGGAGUUAGGAGCGUGUUCUAGUCGGUGUGAACCCGUCAACAUGGGGGAGUUCAAGGUGCACCGGGUUCGGUUCUUCGACUACAUGCCCGCCGCUAUCAGAGCCAUGGCGUUCAACCGCCGCACCGAGCGGCUCGCGCUGGCCCGGGCGGACGGAGCUCUGGAGAUCUUCAACUUCGCGGACAACUACUUCCAAGAAAAGGUCAUCCCAGGGCAGGACGGCCGGGCUGUCGAGGCUCUGUGUUGGGUGGGCCGACGUCUGUUCAGUGCUGGAUUGAAUGGAGAGAUCACGGAGUACGACCUGGAGAACCUGAGGCCCCGGUACACAGUGGAGGCCUAUGGAGGACCGAUCUGGACCAUCAGUGGCAACGACCAGGGAACUCUGCUAGCGGUCGGCUGUGAGGACGGGACAGUGAAGAUGUUUGAAGUACUGGAGGACAGGAUUCAGUUUCAAAGAAACCUUGACAGGCAAAAAGGUCGCAUUAUAUCUCUCUGCUGGCAUCCCUCUGCUUCACUGAUUGCUGCCGGCAUGAUGGACAUGAUCAGAAUCUUUGAUGUUGAGACGGGCCGCGCCACUCACAGGCUGCUGGUGGAGAGGGGUGUCGGAGCAUCCAAGAGCAAAGAGGUGGUGGUUUGGAGCAUUGCCUUCCUUUCUGACCACACCAUCAUUAGCGGUGACUCUGCCGGAAAGGUCCAGAUCUGGGAUGGACUCACGGGAACUCUGGCCAGAACUCACCUUGUCACCAAGUGGGACGUACUGGCUCUGUCUGUUUCACAGGAUGAGAGCAGUCUGGUAGCCGGGACGUCAGAGGGCACGGUCGUCCAGUUCCAGUUCCUCUCCUCAACUUUGGACGGGCAGAACAAAGAUUGGGUCCGAACUAGGACCUUUAAAAACCACUCGCAUGAUGUGAGGGCGCUCGUCCACACCGAAACUGCUGUGGUGUCUGGAGGUAUGGACACCCAGCUGGUAGUGCGACCCCUGUUGGACAAGGUGGAGAAGAACACGCAGGAGUCAGCGAUGCGCAAAAUGGCUUUCCCACAUAGAAGUCUGGUUUGUUGUGCAAAGAAAGCAGGGCUGCUGCUCUUCCAGUUCCCUGAUCAUUUAGAGCUGUGGAGACUCGGGGAAAGUGAUGGACAUGGAAAUCCUGGUGACAGUCUUCCUGUGAAGAGAAAACCAGAGAAACUGAUCCAGCUUAAGAGGAAGGGAGAGGAUCAUAUCUGCUGCAGUGCUUUGUCUCCAUGCGGAGGCUGGCUGGCAUACUCUACUGUCACAAGUUUCCGUCUUUACAGAUUACAGAACAACACCAUCAGCAUCACCAAGGUGUCCAAACUACCCAAGGACCUCCGCUCGGCCCACCAGCUGUGCUUCUCCACAGACUCCUCCCGACUCUUCGCUUCCUCCAUCAAUUCUUCAGUUGUCGUUGUUGCCCUUAACCAGCCAGAGUGCAAAUACCUUCACACCCUAAAACCCAAGUCAGGCUCCAGAGAGCCGGUCCACCUGCUGUUUGCCAGUGAGGACGGCAAAUGGCUCGCUACAGCAAACACAGCCUGUGAGGUCCAGGUCUACAACCUUGACAAAAUAAAGCUUCAUUGUACAGUUCCAGUGUACGGCUCAUGUCCCACUGCCAUCGCCAUCCACCCAACAAGCAGCAACCUGGUUGUGGUGCACGCUGACCAGCAGAUCUUUGAGUACUCUCUGGUGCAGAAGGAGUACACCGAGUGGAGUCGGAGGCUGCAGAAACAAGGACUGCACUCUCUGUGGCUGGAGAGGGACACCCCCAUCACCCACGUCACCUUCAAUCCUAAACAUCCGGCUCACAUCAUUCUGCACGACAUGUUCAUGUUCUGCGUCAUCGACCAGAGUCUGCCCCUCCCUGAAGCUAAGACUCGGCUCUUCAAUCAGAUGAUACUGAGGAGUCUUCCUGAGCCAAUGAGGAUCCUACACAGGCACGCCUUCAAGAUGUGCAAGACGUUCCAGAACCUCAUGUGCGUGAGAUUACUGGAAGACCAUUCUCUGGUUGUAGUGGAGCGCCCCCUGCUGGACAUCAUGUCUCAGCUUCCUGCACCUGUCCGGCAGAAGAGGUUUGCUACAUAAAAGAAGCGAACGUGUCUCAGUCCAGAUGGCCAUGGAUUGUCACUCACUGCCACGCCCACAUCAAAUUCAUUUUCAAUGGAAUUGUUUGUGUAUCAUCACUUUGUAAAAAAAAUGCUUUAAUAAAAUAAUAAAUUCAACAAUUUA